AUGGCUACCCAGACAGGAAAUGACGCAGGGCAGGUGUCCGACCUCGCUCAACUAUGGCAAAGCGCAGUCGAUGACUAUGAGAUGAGGACCAAGAAGUCCCUUCGACUGGCGCAGCUCGGCAACAUCGAUCAGAUCAUGAAGAGCACAGAAGGCCUCUCAAGCGAAUUCAAAGAAUUUCGUCACGAUCGGUCCAAAGUGGACAAAGUGCGGACCGCAUUCAAAAACAACCUGUGGCUGAUCCAGAAGGUCGUCAAUACGGUCCAAGUGGUUGGAGGUGCCGCAUCGGCAUUUCCUCCUGCAAUGCCAGCGAGCUUGAUUUUCACGGCCUUUGGACAGGUCAUGCAGUCUUUCGCCACGGUGUCCGCCGACUACGAUAAGAUCAUGGGGUUUUUCGACUUCACGCAUCGAUUUUUUGACAGACUCUCGAUGAUUGAGGACAAGACCCCACAGCAAAAGCCAUUCCACCGCUGUGUCACACGUGUCUUCUCGGGCAUGCUGACAAUCUGUUCGGUUGCCCAGGAAUACGCGGAGAAGAAAAGAUUCAAGAAGUGGUUCAGCAGCCUGCUCGAUGGCUCGGACGGAGCUCUUUCGGGAGCUAUCAAGAACAUGGAGGAAUCCGUGAAUGAGCUCACCCAGGCCGUAGGUCUAGCCACACUUCGGACGGUGGAGAUCCUGGAUGAGGUCACACAAAGCAUGAAUGGAAACAUCGAGUUCCUCGUAUCGCAGGUCACUCUGGUCGAUGAGCGAACGGCGGCCAUCAAAUCCGACACGGCAAUGAUUAUUGAACAGAACCAGGAGCUAGAAGCGAAACAGGACGCCAUAACGUCGAUGCAACGAGAAACGCUGGAAAAGUUGAACGAGCAAUCUAGGAUGUUCAACGAUGCGGUUGAAAGUUUCGGAUGUAUUCAACUGGGAGCCAAUUUUGGCUCCAGCUUUCAGACUAGUUUGCUGAAGCUGGACGUCACGCGUCUCCGACUGACUCGUUGGGGUCAGUCCAUCGGACUGGCGAACAUAGAUGACGUGAAAUCACUCCAGAUGACAAAGCUCUCCGCCGAAGACAGAGAGCACGUCCGAGAUCUUCUAGACCAGAUUCUGGAGCUCUUUGUGGAUGCUGAGGCGUCUUCAAAGCGGUUUAAGAAGCGCACCGGGAGCUCCGCCACGCCCGCGCUAGAUCCGGCCAAAGAGCUAGACACGGUCUCGGGCUCACUUCACCAAAAAAUGCAGGAUCUUGCUAAGAAACGGCAGGGGGAGUCCAAGUUGGAGCAGAGCGAAUGGACUCUGUACGAGGAGAAGAACUUCACCCGGUUGAUUGAGGACAUCAGCGAGUUGGUGGACGGAUUGAUCGAUCUCUUCCCAGGAAUCCAGGAAGAACAGCGCAAGCUGUGUGAGGAGGAAGUGGCGGAGAUGAACACCAGCGAGAAAGUUCUUCCACUGCUGAAAGAGAUCGCGACUGGCCAGGACAAGCUGCUCAGUGACACGGUCGUCAAAGUCAUCCAAUCUACCACAACCUAUACUAAUAGCGUGGUAUUCUCAGGGCCUAACUCUGGCUUCCAGGUAGGGAAUAAUUCGGGCAAGAUCAGCAGUGUUCGGUUUGCCGCUUCCUAG